UGUUUAAAAUGCUACGCUGAAAGUGUUGCGUCGGGAAGCUAGCAAACGAGAUGGCAUAACUAUAUUGUGCUGGUGCUUUUGACAUGGCCAGAACGCAAUUGUGUUAUGCCCUUUCAUAUAUGAGUAAAGUUAAACAUGCCAGAAAAGGAAAGCGUGAAUGCCUGCGUGAAUGAAGCUGAGUCGCCAGAAAAAACGCGAGUAUCUCCUGUGACGGGAGAGACUCCAGCAGCGGCAUCUUCUCAGGUAUCAAAUAAACCCAACACACAUGAUGCCAGCAACGCUUCUACCACUCUAUCCAACGAGUCAGUACCCACAGAAGAAAAUAAAACUCAAUUCUCAGAGCCAACUGAGUCUCACAAAGAGGAGCCUACUAAAGCUGAAACUCCCUCCUCCAGCUCCAGCAUAAAGCCUUCUGUUCCUGUGCCAUCCAAUGUGCCAUCUGCCCAUAUGCCUGCCACUCCCAUGGUUAUAGUCAGUACUGCUCCUGUCAGGUCCUCCACACCUCUGUUGGUGGGUACGAGAGUGGUGACAGCAGCCAAGGUCAGUGCACAGGCGACAGGGACAACAACUCCACAUCUUGGAGGAGUCAGUGUGACCUCUAAACAGGUCCGAGGCCCAGCAGUAACCCAGGCUCCUAUCCGUGGGACGAUAAUGACACUGUCGAGGCUAUCAACUCCACAGCAGAAUGUAGCACUGACACAGCGACCUCAGACCACCCCUCUACAGCUCCCUGCCAACUUCCAAAUUCCUCAAGAUAUGGUAUUAAUCCGCAGCGACAGUGGGCAGUUGAUGUUGGUAUCUCAGCAGGCUUUGGCUCAAGCUCAGGCCCAGGGGAUAGUGUCCAAACCAUCCACUGUCACUACAACUGUAAAAGCACAAACAUCCCAGACAACUGCAACAGCCAAAUCUAUCAUUAGAGUUACUCUUCCAUCUUCAUCUGCAACUGUAGCCACCAUAGUAAAGCCAGCACCUACAACAGCAACAACUGUUCUCAAACCCAGCUCUUCCACAGCUACCUCUAUAGUAAAACCUUCCAGUACAACUGGAAGCACCAUUAUUAAAACUCACACAGUGUUGGGGGCCCCUGGCAUUAAGCCCAGUUCUCAUCAUGGUACCACAGUAAUUAAGACCACAGUUGCUCAGAAGUCCUCAAUCUGCACCUCCACAGGGACUGUAAAUCAGAAAAGCACUAAUGCAACCAGUGCUACCAAUACAUCUACUGUCAAGACUAUUGGCAAAGCAUCUCUUUCCUCAUUAGUGACCCAAACUGUCCGCCCACUUGGCAGUGGCCCUCGGAUGAUCUCCCCAAAUAUUCCCAUCAAAUCCAGCAGCAGCAAAGUCAUCACACCGGUCAAUGUUACAGCUGAGACAUUAGAGAAUGUAAAGAAAUGUAAGAACUUUCUAAUCACGCUGAUGAAGUUAGCGUCCAGUGGGACCCGCUCAGCUGACAUGGCACAAAACGUUCAAGCUCUUGUUAAGGACCUGCUGGAUGGACGACUGGAGGCUGAGGAAUUCACUGAGAAGCUCUACAUGGAACUAAAAUCUUCCCCUCAACCAUACCUGGUUCCUUUUCUUAAAAGGAGCCUGCCUGCUGUGCGUCAACUUACCCCAAACUCACAACUUUUUAUUCAGCAAUGUGAGCAGCCAAAAUCCUCUUCUUCAUCUACAGUCAGUAGCAGCACCCACAAGCCCAGCCUCACUUCCACUUCUGUCACCUCUCAACCUCUCAAAAUCAGUGUACCAGUCAGGCCUGCUCAGCUGGUGAUCCAGCAACCCAAAGGUGUGAUAGUGGAGCAGCGUGUUACGUCCUCACCACGUGUUGUUUUUCCAGUACAGAACUGCACACAGUCCAAGCAGCCAAUCAUUCAGAGCAGCACACAAGCAGCCGUGGCUUUGGGAAGGCAGCACUCCCUUCAGGCAUUUAAAGCUCCCUCUGGGCCAGUUCAAGCAGCGCACACACACAGUUUCAAGGACAACACCCCAGGCUCUUUUCGUGAUGAUGAUGACAUUAAUGAUGUGGCUUCCAUGGCCGGCGUAAAUGUGAACGAGGAGAACGCUCGCAUUCUUGCCUCCAGUUCAGAACUAGUGGGUACAGUAGUGCACUCCUGCAGGGACGAGCCCUUCCUGCAGACCACAGCCUUACAGCACAAGAUACUCCAUAUUGGUAAUUCAAUGGGUGUUGCAGAGGUGAAUCCAGAGGUGAUCGUGUUGCUUUCUCAUGCUACACAGGAACGACUCCGAGAUCUGCUGGAAAAGCUCAGUAGUGUAGCACAACAUCACAAUGUAUCAUACAGGGAUGACUGGCGGUACACUCAGACCAGCGACACGCGCUCUCAACUGAAGUUUUUGGAGCAGCUGGAGAAAAUGGAGAAACAGAGGCGAGAAGAGGAAGAGAGGGAAGCACUGCUGCGUAUCGCUAAGAGUCGUACCAGCAGUGAGGAUCCUGAGCAACUCAGGCUCAAACAGAGAGCAAAAGAGAUGCAGCAGCUGGAGCUGGCUCAGAUGGAGCACAGAGAUGCAAACUUGGCAGCGCUAGCAGCUCUGGGACCCCGCAAGAGAAAACCUCUGGAGACUUUUGCAUCUGGGACAAACCAGGUUCGGGGGUUAUGUGCACAGAGAACUGUUCAGAGAGGGCCAACACGUGUAACCUUCAGAGAUUUGAUCUUCUGCAUGGAACAGGACCGAACACUUAAACACUCUUUAUUACUUUAUAAUGCUUUCUUAAAGUAAAUACCAUGCCAUUCACCAGUUAUAUUAUAUAUCUGGUUUAAGAUAUAUAAAAAGAUUUAAUUAAGUUUGUUUCUUAGUUCAUGUUCAUAUAACUACUUUAAACAAAUCCUUAUUUUGAUAUGUAUGAUUUUUUGAAACAUAUCUUUUCUUUGUAAUAUAAUUUGUAUGUAAUUAAAAUAUUGCAGCAUUAAGCUCUUUUUGGUAUCAUUUGAAGGGGGUU